AUGACUAAGGCAGUUGCUGAACCCUUAAAGGUGGCUAAGGCAGGUGCUGAACCAAAGAUGACUAAGGCAGGUGCUGAACUUAAAGAUGACUCAAGGCAGAUGACUAAGGCAGGUGCUGAACCCUUAAAGAUGACUAAGGCAGUUGCUGAACCCUUAAAGAUGACUAAGGCAGGUGCUGAACCCUUAAAGAUGACUAAGGCAGGUGCUGAACCCUUAAAGAUGACUAAGGCAGUUGCUGAACCCUUAAAGAUGACUAAGGCAGGUGCUGAACCCUUAAAGAUGACUAAGGCAGUUGCUGAACCCCUAAAGGUGGCUAAGGCAGGUGCUGAACCCAAGUCUUAG